AUGAUUAAAUCAUAUCAAAAUCUAAAAAAAAUUUUAAUUGGUGGUUGUUAUAAUUUAGCUUUUUAUCAAUCAUUAUUAUUAUCAAAAGAUUAUAAUUGUUCGAAUACUUUAAAUACAAUCAUAUUCUAUUACAUUGAUCUUAAAGUAGUAAUAACUCAAGAUAAAGUAUUUGAACAAUUAAAUGUUUUAGAAUCUGUUCAUAUUGUUUAUUGUUCUUCUUUAAAUAAUAGUUUUAUUCAACAAAUUAUUACUUUAACUAAACCAUGUAAAUUAAAAUCUUUAUUUAUGAGUAAGAUAUUACAAAUUGAAUCAAUACAAUUAUUAUUACAAAAAUCUGGUGAUUAUUUAGAAAAUUUUGGGUUUGAAUUUGAAUUUUAUUACAAUCUAUCAUUAAAACAACAAUUAUUAGAAUUACGUGUAAUUACAAAAUAUUGUAAAAAUAUCAAAUUUAUUGAUUUUUAUGGAUUUGAUCAAUUAUUCAAUUUAAUUGAAAAUAUUCAACAAAAACUUAAUCAUCUUAUAAUUCGUAUAUCGGAUGAUACUUUAUAUUAUUCCUUAAAUAAUAAUAUUGAAUAUAGUUCAAAUAUAUUGCAAAAUUUAGGACAAGUUCUCCCUUCUAAAUUAGAAUACUUAAGUUUGACUCUUUAUAUUAAAGAAAAUGAUUUUAGAACAUUCUUAGAAAAUAUUCUUAUUAAUAAAUUGUUAAUUAAGCAAAUAGGUAGUUACGAUAUUUUACAUUAUACAAAGGAAUAUAUUAUGAAGAAAAAAAGAGUCAAUUAUUUGUCUAAUAGGAAUUUUGAAGAUAAAAUAGAUUUGUAUGAUUUGAAAGAUGAAGUGAAAGAAUUUAAGCUAUAUAAUAUUAGAGUUCGAAGUUGGGAUGAUUUCUCUUUUACUGGGUUAGUUUCUGGGAAUUUAGAAAUUCGGAAAACGGCGGUUCUAUCUUGUGGAUUUCCUUUGCACGCAGCAUUUCGGCGACUGGUUCUUUGGAUCUUCGAUUCGGUGACUGGUAGGCAGUUCUUGGGACCUCUUUGGACGCGCGGAAUUUCAUUUUUGACGGCUGGGAGAGUUACUUUUGAUACAGGAUUUCUGCAAGCAACUUGA